AUGUCGGACGCACAGAAGCCCGUUGAGGUCCCGAAGGACGCCGCCGCUGCCCCGGCAGUUGAGCCUACUGUUGCUGCCCCUGAGGCUGCCCCUGCCGUCGUCGAGCCCCCCAAGGAGGCCGAACCCGUUGCCGCUGCCACCACCACCGAGCCCGAGACUGCCACCGCCACGACUGCCACCGAGCCCGCUGUCGCCGCCACGACUGAGGCUACUACCGAGACCCCGGCUGCCGAGACUGAGGAGGCCAAGAAGGAGAAGGAGGUGACCCCCAUCGAGGAGGGCUACCUUGAGUCAAAGGGCACCAAGUUCCCCCAGAACUUCAUCUACACCAAGCGAUUUUUCUGGUUCGGCACUGAUGCCGUCGAGCCCAAGAACUUGGCCUCGUUCGUCAAGGCUGAGAAGUCAUCUGAGAGCGCCCAGAUCGUUGCCGCAUGGGCUAGCCACACUGGUGAGGGCCUGUUGUUCUUCACUGAGAAGGGCACCGACAAGACUGCCCCCGGUGGCGCCAUCCAGCUGAGCGAGGCCUCUGAGCCAACUGCCGAUGGCCCCACUAAGUUCCACUUCACCACCAAAGGCCACAAGCACACCUUCAAGGCCGCUAACGCUGCCGAUCGCGACAACUGGGUCGCCCAGAUCAAGGCUAAGGCCGCUGCCGCCAAGGAGCUUGCCGCCACUGUGAUUGAGAGCGAGGCCUACAAGAAGACCCUGGAGAGCUUCAAGCCCGCCGCUCCUGUCGCCCCAGUCAAGAAGGAAGAGGCCAAGGCUGAGGAGCCCGCAGCGGAGGUCGCGGCCGCCGCUGAGGCCGAGCCUACCACCGAGGCCAAGGAGGCCGAGGUCCCCAAGAUCGAGGAGCCCGCUGAGGCCAAGGAGGCCGCCGCCGCCAAGGACGAGAAGAAGGAGGAGCCCCAGCGUCGCUCUGCUAGCCGCAAGCGCGCCUCGAUCUUCGGCUCGCUGCUCGGCAAGAAGGACGAGAAGAAGGAAGCUAAGAAGGAUGAGGCCAAGCCUGAGGAGACUGCCGCCGAGGCCCCCGCCGCCGAGGCUGCCGUUGCCGAGUCUACCGAUGGUGCUACCGAGACUCCCGCCGCUGUUCCCACUGAGGCCGCCGCUACUGAUGCUUCCGCUGCCACUGAGGAGAAGAAGGAGGAGAAGGCUGCCCCUGUCAAGCCCACUCCUGUCAAGCGCAACAGCCUAUUUGGCAACCUGAGCUUCGGCAAGAAGAAGACUGCUGAGCCCGCCGCCGCCACCGAGGCUGCUCCUGUUGUGCCUGCCAAGGAGGCCGAGGCUGGCCCUGUCGCCGACGCCGCCCCUGUCAUCCCUGCCGUCGAGACCUCUGCCCCUCUCUCCGCCGAGGUUGCCUCGCCCGCCACUGUCCCUACUGAGACAGUUGAGGGUGGCGCAGCUGCUCCUACCGCCGCUGCCGCCGGCGAGCCUACCAAGAAGGAGAUGAAGAGCGAGAAGCGCAAGUCGUCUCUCCCUUUCGCUUUCGGCAAGAAAGACAAGGCUACUUCAUCGGACGAGGAGGGUGAGAAGACCCCCAAGUCUCCCUCUGCUUUCUCCAAGCUCCGUGCGACCAUUAAGGGCAAGAACAAGGCUGCUGAGAAGCCUGCCGAGAAGCCCGAGGCUACUCCCGAGGAGACUGCUGAGAAGACUGAGGCCGAGGCCCCCAAGGCCGCUGAGAGCACCGAGGCCAAGGUCGAGGAGCCUGCCAAGCCCGUCGAGGCUGAUGCUGCCGCCCCUGCUCCUGUCGUCGAUGAGGCCCCCAAGCCCGUUGCUGCCACGCCCGUUGUUGCUGCCUCGGCUUAG